GAAAACUUGACAGCUGACGGGAUGUAAACAAUUCCGGAUCAGCUGUUUCGCGAAGCACGUGGUCGGGCAAGUAAGAAAGCAGAGGAUAUUUAUCAAUAACGCUUAGCGGUAUAAUCAUACAAUUUCAGCAUUAGCCAUGACAGAAAGAAGUGCUAAUAGACCACUUAGAAUCUUGUGUCUUCAUGGGUAUAGGCAGAAUGGCAGUACAUUUCGGGAGAAAACAGGAGCUUUUAGAAAACUAUUAAAGAAACAAGUGGAAUUUGAAUUUAUGACUUCCCCUUUGGAAGUGCCUCCCCUCGAAAGUGCCGAUGACAAGGAUGGAGGCUCAGGUUGGUGGUUCAGCCGUCCAGAUGACUAUUUUAAAGCUCAGGAUGACUCUGACUGCGUGAAAGGAUUUGAGGAAUCAUUAGCAGCUGUUGAAGCUGCAUUCAAAGAAAAAGGACCAUUUGAUGGAAUUCUUGGCUUUAGUCAGGGAGGAGCAAUGUUGGGACUUAUAUGUGGCCUUCAUCAGCAAGGAAAACUCUCUUAUUCCUUUAAAUUUGCAAUUUUUGUGUCUGCCUUCAAGUCCCGUUCAUUGCCUCACCAGCAUCUCUAUGCCGAGAAGAUCACUCUCCCAACUUUACAUGUGUUUGGAGAGACGGAUCAGGUUAUCGAGAAACCCAUGAGCGAGGAACAUCUACAGUAUUUCCUUGAUCCAGAGAUAUUAAUGCACCCAGGCGGUCAUUUCAUCCCAGCUACAGGAGCACAGAAAGCGGUUUAUGUUAAGUUCAUCGAAAAAAUGAGAGAGCUGUGUGACUGAUAUGUGAUUGCUGUUUAUGAGUUGGGGUAUACUUUAUUAUAUUAUCUGAUUUGCAUUAAGGAAUUAUAGACUGUUUAUUUGAUAUCUUUACAAAUAUGAUUGAGUCAUAUUGGAAAUGUACUUUAGUAAUCAUUUAUAUACAAAAAUAUAAAACUUGUUUACAUAGUACUGUUUAGUACAAAUUUUAUUUUGCUCAAUAUGCUUGUGAUACACCUACCUUUUGGUAUUCACUGAACUGCAAUAAAGUAAUGGCUUAUCACAUGUGAUGAUGUAUUUCAUAAAAAGAUGAAUAAAUAAGUGAUGCUAGAUUGUAUUUAUU